GAGAGAACCCUCGGGCCGGAGUGAGGGUAGCCGCAGCGUGCCGGCCCAGUCAGUAGUGUGCCAGCCACCACCACCCUCGUGCCCAGGACGAGUCUCGCUCCCGCACCGGUCUCUGCUUCCUCUCUCGGAGCUUCGGCGCAUUGACACUGACGCCGCGCUGCCCGUCCGCACUUCACCAUGUGGGGGAUCGUUUUCUUGAUGUUUGCGUGGGGGUUAGCGGAUGCCAUGGCUCAAUCCAGCGUGAUGGGGAGGCUGUCCUGGUGCUCUACAUUGUGCAUGUGUGAAAAAGAUACGAACACUGAGGUGCAGUGUUUCGAAGAGGACGACAUAUUCCAGCUGAUGGAGAUCUCUGCCCGGUCAGUCGCUAGACUUAAAAAUAAAAACUGGAGUGUUGAGACCCACCUGCAGUGGUGCGAUGAAAUGUGUCUCUGUAACAUCGAAACGGGAAAAGAAUUCCGUUGUACCGAGCCACAUAAAAUAACUCAGUUAAUCGUGAACAGGAUUGGAAUUGAAUAUUUCAUCAUGCCUGAAGAGGACAGUGAAAUCAAGCAGGAGGAAGAACGCUCGGUGGAUGAAGAGGAGGAGCCCUCGCUGGACCAGGAGACGGAGCACAAGAAGAGGUCUGAACGCAAGAAGAACAAGAAGACUCGGAAGCAAAAGAAGAAUCAGAAGAAGCACAGGAACCAGUCCGAGGACUCACACGAAUCAGAACCAGAGCCUGAGCCUCAGCCAGAGCCUGAACCAGAGGUUUACAUCCCUACCACUUCCCUCACACCCACGCCGCCUAUGGAGACGCCCACGCCCACCUCUUUCUCCUACCACCAUGAAGAGGACGUAGAAGAAAUUGAUGUACAUGAGCACCACGAGCCGCUGCCCAGACACGAGGCCGUGGCAGCGAGCCCCGCCGUGACGGCCAUGCAAACUCCCAGCCGCAAACUCCAGCCUUACAGCACAGCAGAAUCGUAUACGCCGCGAGAGUUGGAAGGGCUCUCUCCGCGCGUGCAGCCGGUGGUGGAAGUACCUAAGGAAAAGAAGACGAUGGCGUCCAUGGUGUCGCAAGACCUGGAUGACCUGGGCACCACCGUCAGGAAUAUCAAGAACGACGUGAUGCUCAACCAACGCAUCUUGCUCGUCACCGUCGCCAUCGCAGGAAUCGCCAUGCUUGGAGUGUUGAUCCUGGCGAUAAUGAGCUGCACCAGUCGACGCCAGCAGGCCGCGAACAACGCCAAGAAGAACUCCAACAAGGACGGCAACCACAGCCCCAAGAUCAACCUGGAGGAGGCGUGGUGACUAAAUGAGGCUGCGCUGCCCCCCGUUGGCCAGUGGGAGACGCGGGACUCCAAGGGAGAAGUGAUCUCCACCCAAUGGGAGUUGAACACCACCGCUGAUGACGACGAGUGCAUCAAGCCCCUGCGGGACACCACUUGGGAGGAAUCCACAGCCUUCCGGGAGAUGUCACUGGCGCACGGCAAGUUCAAGGUGUGCCGGGUGUGACGUCUCCCGCAGCAGACUGUUUGUAGUGAGGCGCGAAGGACCUGCCAUCCAUCCAUCCAUCCAUCCGCUGCGCCGGGACACGAGUGGGCAUGCGCAAGCCGACUGACUGACCUGACCACAACUGACGUGAUCACAGUAUUACAAGGAAUGAAGUGGAUGAAGUGCCUGUGUAGGAACCCCGACAAGCCAUGACCGUACUAUAUGGAAAAAAAUACUAAAAAAAAAAAAGAUAUACAUUACGUAAGAACUAAUCGGAUCUAGAAUUCGAGUUACUGACUGACUGACUAAGUGACUGACAGGCUGACUGAUUAAAGCUCUUCAUUCCUACCGAAUUCGACGACAGCAGGAUGUAUUCAUUCUUCACACCCAACCCCUUCUCAUCUCUCUUCCUCCCUCCUCUCAUGUGUCACACUCACUCCGUCAACAUCACUCCCCUUUUCAUCCUCCUCCUCCUCCUCCUCCUCCUCCUCCUCCUCCCUUUAAACAAGCUUAUCUGAAACACUGGAAGAAGUUUUAGUAUAACGGGAAGGUCACACAGCCAACUUUCAAUCCUGCUCCUCCACCUUCCCCUUACAGAAACACAAAACUCAUUCAAAAAUAAGAUAAAAUGAAAAUAAAAAUUAAGAAUAUAGAGAUAUGAACCACUCCCCGAUCCCACCGUGGCGAUGCUUCGAAACACUAUGAAAAAAUUUACGAAACACUAUGACUGUGCCUCUUGCCAUGAUCUCAGUGCUUCAUAAGUCCCUGGUUCACAAAUUUAUGAAGCACGGGCAGAUCUUCAUUUUCUCUCUCUCUCUCUCUCUCUCUCUGCUGCUUUUACUUCUUUUUCCCUUCAAGACUGAACAGGGAGGGAAAAAAAACACGUGCCUUAUGGAGAUUUGUGGUUCAGUCUUGAUAUGGAGAAAUUUUCCUCUCUCCCUCCCUCCCUACCUACGUGCUCUUUAUACUUACCCUUCCUCCCCUCCCUUCCUCCCUCCCUCCCUCACUCACUUCCAAAACAGUUCCCAUUACUGCAUGAGACAAUGAGAUAUUUUCUUUAUUGUUAUUGGAAAGAUACUUAAUAUAGGAAAGUCUUACUCAGAGGCAGAAAAUAAUAACAAUAAUAUGGCACUGAAGUACAACCCUAUAUAUUAUUAUUUUUUUUUUUUUUAGGAGUACAUUAUAAACAGUAACUUUUUUUAUACUCAGAGAAUCCGUUGAUUGUCUCUACAACUCAUGGGUUUUCUAAGCAUUAUUAUUAUUCUACAGCUCCUAAAUUACUCUUAAAUUAGAAGUAGUCUUUAAAUUAUGUGCAUAGAAGAGACAUUUAUAUUUAUUUCUCAUAAGGUUGACGUUAUAGAACUUUAAAUGUAUUAAUAACGUGGACCGUGUCAAUAAGAAGGAAAAAAUUGAACAAAUACGAAUAUAAUGACGUUACGAUUACAAUAAAAUCUCAAUUUAGUUUUUUUUUUUUUUUUUUGUGGGUUAUGGUGAAGAAAUACCUUUUUUCACUAUUCACCGCCUAACUGUGAAUAAAUCCCACCUUUAUUAUUUUUUAUUCACCGACUUAUUAUGUACUAUAUAGUUUUACAUGUCGUACCCUUUCUUUUUAUAUAUAUAACUUCAUGUGUUUGUUACCGCACACAACGUACGCCUCUGUGACUUGCUAGUAACUCCCGUGCUGCCCUGGAACCAUUUUCACCAAGCCCUGUUAACAUUUCCACACCAGCAGGACUUCGUGAAAAUGCGCCCACCUGGACACCGCUGCGCCUUUGUCGGCAACGCUCACACACGACAGAGAUGUAAAUACUGUGCAACUCAAAAAGGAAUCAUGUUUAUAGGAGUUAUGUUUUGUAUGUCCAAGCAUUACUACGAUUAUUAUUAUGAAGAAAAAUAUUAUAAUCUCUCUCUCUCUCUCUCUCUCUCUCUCUCUCUCUCUCUCUCUCUCUCUCUCUCUCUCUCUCUCUCUCUCUCUCUCUCUCUCUCUCUCUCU